CAACACUUCACCUGUUGUAACUGUCUUAACGGAAUAAUUUAAGGUAGCAGACUGAAAUCAAAAUAUUGGAAUUUACAGACUCGAAAAAGCCAAAAUCUCCGCCACCAAUGGUUAGACCUGUUUUAUGAUAACGAUGCUAGCCUCGGUGCCUCCAUAGCGGAAUGGUGAGGUACAAGAUAACUGUCGCUUGUUUGUUAUGGAUGUCAGUUAAUGUGGUGUCUGGUCAAGGAGCGAUGUCUCGUGAUAAUGAUGAGACCACGCCCACCAACGACAUCCUCAGCGAGGACCAUGUUCAGGAGAGCAUUCGAUUGGGUCUGGAGAAUCACGUGAUAUGCCCCACGGGCUGGACGCCCGCUGUGUGGCAAGUGUCGGCUAUGGGGCUGGAUGAACCCAUCUGUUUGCGAAUAGUGAACGACUCGAGGUCGUGGGAGGAAUCACGUGACGUCUGCAGACAAGACAGGGGAUUCCUGGUGAAGUUGGAGUCGAAGAUACAGAUAGGGACUUUGUCUCUCAAACAAUGCAUGGACGAUCUUGGAAUUCAGUCGUACUGGUCGGGGCUGCACGAAGAGGGAUCUAAACUGGUGUGGGAUGAACUACGUCCAUCUGUGGUACAGACAUUCGCUCAACCACAAGUCGGGCAUGACAAAGUUAAACGAGGGUGGUUAUGGAACAGAACGACAUUUGAAGAUAUUGACGAUUCGUGUGGAAUGGUUUCUGUGAAACGUGAUUUCUUCAGUCUGGGCAGAAACCGCAGAUCAAACAGGGCAAGCGAUCCAUCAGAAAUAUUCAAACGAAAAUCUGUUCAAAGGAAUCGAAGAUCUAAAGGAAAUAGGAUAUGGUUUGAAGGAAGGAAGCGAAGAUCUGCUGAAGAAAAACAGGCUUUUGGCAGAAGGAAGCGAAGGUUUAACGGAAGAAUACGAAGAUCUGACGGAGAUAAGCGAUGGUUUGGCGGAAGGAAGCGAAGGUCUUCCAGACAGAAGCAGGGUUCUGACAGAAGGACGCGAAGAUCGGACGGAACAAAACUGAACCUGGGGUUUGGACGUCUCGGAGAUAUGGAUGACAACUUGAACAAUCCUCUCAACAUUCCCGGAGAUCACGACCCGUCAGAAAACAACUCCCCAAACUUAAUGUUUCUUCAACACAGCAGACAGAAUGCUAAAAACAGAUUCCUCGGCCAGUUGCUAAAACAUCACCAUCUGCGACAACAACGAAAACUGCUGCAGCAGCAGCAACAACAACAACAAAAAGCACAAAAAGACCACAAUGGACAAGUAAUUGCACAGAACGCCAGUGAGACCACUACAUCCACGGUGGUCCCAACAACGUCUUCACAGACAACCGAUGCUAUUGGAAAUGAUGGUGGAUUUGAGGACCCAUCUCAAUCAUCUCAGGAGAAACACAACGUCAAAAGAAGCACAGCACGGCGUAAUGAGAUAACAACACCUCCUACUGUUUCUAACACGACUUCAGCGACGCCAGGGUCUAGUGGUUUAGACUAUACGUCACAGACAUCAACACGUGUUAACACUGUCCCGACUAGCACUGCUCAGUCGACAACACAAGCAUCAGUUGUGACUUCGUCUAAUGCACAAAAUGGUCAUACAAUACGUGGAGACUCAGUAUCGACAGAAACAUCAACAUCAUUGCCAAUCUAUACGACAUCAGAACCAAUAAACAAGACAUUAGAUGUUGAUUCAUCUGAAAUCAGUGAAAAUGCCACAAGUAGCCAAGAUAUGUCUCUCGAAGAGAAAGAUCUAGCACUAAAAAUUAACGAAACGUCUACUUCUAAAACAACAACAACGUCAUCAUUUACAAUAAUUAUAGCCGCCACUGUUACUACUGCUCCAACAGAUCACGCUCAGACGGUCAACGCGUCUUUUAGUUCAGGGAGUAGCACAACAACCACCCCACAAACACUUGACCCUUCAACUAUUACAGGCUCCCCCACAAGAUCGACUUCAGGUAAAAUAACACCUUCUUCAACUACUUCUACAACUUCCAAACACACAAUUUCUAGGACAACAACCUCCAGUCCACCAUCUUCCAAAGCAUCAGUUUCCAAAUCAUCAACUUCUGGAUCAACAGCGUCCAUUACAGACCAUAUUACUCCCGUGCCCACCAGACCCAGCUCCUCCACAGCUGUGACAGAUUCUGACGAUGACGACGAUGACGCAAUACCAACAGCAGUGAAGACAACAGCUAGUCCAGCAACAUUACGUGGUAGUGCAGCUACCCCGCCACCAAAAUCUGAGGUGCUGAAGUUUUCGAAUACUCUGUUCCCGACCAGCUUCCACACCGCCGCGGCUACAGACUAUAUCAAAGAGCUGGCUGAACGACUGGCCUUCACCAAGACUCCUGCCCUACAACACAGUCUGGAGGCGAAGAUGAAUCUCCAGGACUGUUCGGAGAGACACGCGUCGGUCUGCUACAAACAGCCAAUUCGCUACCUCGGGAGGACACCACUCUGUGGAGAAGGCUGGCUAGGACACCCGGAUGUAGAUAAAUGCUACGUGGUGAACGCGUCUCCGUUGUCGUUUUAUGAUGCACAUCAGCAGUGUCUCGCACAGGGAGGCGUCAUGGCGCACGUGGACUCCGACUUCUACGGGAACGUCACGGCACUGGCGUUGUUGUUCUACCGCGCCAGAACCAGGAUAGGAACCUUUGCUUGGGUUGAUUUACAGUCCACAAACAAAUUAAAGCUAAACGGCAGCUGUGCGUAUUUGGAUGACUUCACGCUCAAGGCAUUUCCAUGCACUACGUUUUUACCAUCGGUCUGUGAAAAAGCACCACGCUAUUUCCUUGCCGUGGACAGCGUGCAGCCUGUGUUUGACGAUGACGACGUGGAGAACGUGUUCACGUCGUACAAUCUCCCCGGGUCGCUGCUGUGUCCGCUAACGUCCAGUCUGCCAGACCAACAGGUCACGUGGGUUAAAGACGGGACGGUCAUUCCGGAAAUACGAGUCAGGGAGAGUUACAGAAACGGUUUUAACUCACGAAACCUGCGCCUGGACUCCACCCUAGCACAACGUCUAGGGCGGUCACCGGGUGAGGUGGUUCACCCGUCACGGCUACAGGGGCUCUACUGGUGCCAGAUGUGGUUAAACAGACCGUACCGGAAAAUCAAGUCGAACAAAUUCCUCGUCAUUUUUAACGAUGUUUUAACACUGCACGGCGUGGUCAACACAAAGGGCAUACCCCUGUACGACGCGGCGCUUCUCAACUACAUGAACGCAGAAACCGGAAUCCCCGUAACCAUGUCACGUGACCUGUCAACCAUCAACCAAAACAUCUUCCGCUCACUGCUCCGUCUGUUUACAACUGUGGGCGAUAUAGACAGCGUUGUGAAACAUGCUGGCCCUGAGUCUGGGGAAGUGAGUUUCUACGUGCAUCUCAGUCUGAAGCAUCCGGUGUUGGACGAUGUCAAAGAUAAAAUAGUAACAGCUUACCUGGAGCGAUUUCACGACGUGCUCACCACAAUGGACUUCAACAUAUCUCGACAGUGGAACGUGGAACGGCCAGUUGUCAGCAAUAUACGCAUCCGUAGAACAGAUGCCUGUAUUCGAGACGAACUGACAGACAAAGACACUGGUCACAAGGCCCACUUUGAAACCACAGCUGUCGGUCAGCGGGCAAACAGCAAGGAUGUAUGUGGCGCAAUACCUGCUGGAUUUGCGGUCUGCAAGGGAGACUAUGAGACUGGUGCAUUCUGGGAUUUGUGGCAUAUUGACUCCACGUGUAAUCUGCACGAGAACACAGAGCUGUUCAUCACCCCGUUCAGCUCUCUGCCGAAGGAACCUUUCAUGGAACUCGAUAAGGUGGAGAUAGAAGACUCUAACGUAAUAGAAGUGAUGGACAAACUGGAGGACAUUCUGGAGAAGACGUCGGAGUUGACAGAAGCCGAUAUUGACAAGUGUGCACAGGUGAUGAAGCGUAUCGUAGAAGUGAACCCAAGCUCAGAACAGGUUGGGAAGCAGCUGGUUUCCACAGUAAACAAGAUCCUGGAUCUGGGAGACACUGCUAUGCACAAGGCUGAAAUGAAAACGAAGGCCGCUUCUACCAUCAUCAACAAUCUGGAAGAGUUUGCAAGAAAAUCGGAUCUGGGCAGAAUAACUCACGCUCGCUUUGUGUCUCCCAACAUUGCUGUGGAGAUGUGGGACCUGCAGCAAGGCAUGAAGCCUGUGAUUGGCCUAGGGGCGUCCGUCGCCGGUGACUGGAACACGCCCCUGUCCCAGCCGCGCAUUCUUACAAUCAGGGACCGAUCGGACGACAUGUUGAUGACGUUUGAUGUGGCCAUAGAACUGCCCAUUGCGCUGGUCACAGAGAGAAUGAAUGCUGGUACGAACAUAACUCGGCUGUCAAUGAUCAUUUAUCGGAAAGUGGGCUUGUUCACAUCUGUCGCUCCUCUUUCCAACAACAGCCACGACGUCAUCAACAGUGCCAUCAUCGCGGCCAGCCUGGGUGGCAAGAAGAUAGUUGGUCUCCAGGAUAGCAUCCGCAUGGUCUUCAAACCUUUCAAGGACAGGACCAGUCACUUGCAAACGACGAGAUGUGUAUAUUGGGAUUUCCAUCGUAGUGGGUGGUCUAACGAAGGAUGCCACUACAACGGCACCAAGUUCGGGAAGGAAAUUUGUGUUUGUGAUCAUCUGACUAACUUCGCCAUUCUGCUAGAUUUCUACGGGCAGAGAAAACCGAUUGCUCCGGAUCACGAGCUGACUCUGAGCAUCAUCACGUUGGUUGGACUGUCCCUGUCCAUCCUCGGUCUGUCCCUGACCGUCAUCAGCUUCAUAUUCUUCAAGAAGCUGCGCAAAGGUCGUGCUCAGCUGACGUUGUUCAACAUGGCGCUAGCCCUAGUUGCCGCGAACCUGGUAUUCCUGGUUGGCAUCAAGCAGACGUCCAACUACGUCAUCUGUCUGUUGGUGUCCAUGCUGCUGCACUACCUGCUGCUGGUGGCGUUCAUGUGGAUGCUGAUCGAGGCAGUGCUCCAGUACUUCACGUUCGUCAAGGUGCUCGGCUCCUACAUCUCGAGAUACACACUCAAGACGCUCAUCUCGGCAUGGGGACUGCCGCUGAUUCCGGUUAUUACUGUUUUGUCCAUAGACUACGACCUCUAUCGCGGGAGAUCUAACUACUGCUGGCUCGAUCUACAGGCGUUCUACUACGCCUUCGCCCUGCCCGUCGGCGUCAUCAUCUUCGUCAACGUCAUCAUGUUCGUCGUCGUGCUCGUCAGCAUCACCAGGAGGCCUGACGGUCUCCGAAACAACCAGUCAAAACACAAGAGAGCCUCCACCAAUCUGAAAGCAGCUAUCACUGUCUUUGUGCUUCUAGGUCUCACGUGGACGUUUGGAUAUUUAGCGAUUGACAACGCCCGACUUGUUUUCCAAUACAUCUUCACCAUAUUCAGUUCCCUUCAGGGCUUUUUCAUCUUCAUACUCAUGGUUGCUCGGCGACCUCAGGUUCGCGAACAGUGGAAGGCGGUCUGCUGCAGGAAGAGAAAUGAAAGGACACAGAAGAAGGUAUCUCCCACCAUUAGCAACUCGGCUUCAUCUCGAGGCUCCGAGGGCUCAUCACGAGGCUCGGACGCCUCAUCUCGAGGCUCGGACGUAGGACUCCACUUCAACGGAAGCUCCCGAACUCUAAUAUCGACAAGUUCGUUGAGCUCCACGUGCAGCUCAAUGAGCGGUUCGUAUGGGAAUUCUGCUUUCGUGUCCAGUAGUUUUGUGAACCGAGCGUUUAACGACGGAUUUGAUCCCAUGUACAAUGUGCAUUCUCGGAGAAACAGCACACCUUACAUGAACCUGUAUGAUAAACCGUGCGACAUCAAACAGUGAGGGUUACAUCUGUGAACGUUUUACUGUCUAAGGCCCCUUAAACACCAUGUCUGUGUCUGGAGAGUGUAUUUUGACGUCUGGGUCUGUAACUGUUAUGUGUUAUAAAUAUAAUUAACUGCUUUCAUAGCUUUGUAUAUAUUUUGUUUUCUAUAAACAUCAACGGUAUACGAUUAUUCCAUAUUGCUUAAUAUAUAUAUUUUCUUAUCUUAAAACGUAAGGUUCGAACAUUGCGCAACUGCCAAUUUGGCAGUGUGAAAAUAUAGCGCAUGUUGUAUGUCGUCUGUUGCCAGAUCUGUAGUUGACGCCAGCACAGACGCGUUGUUACAUUCGAUUCAGUGCGUUUCAUUUUGGACUGGUACCAUAUUCCCCAGACCCAGAUCCAGAUCCGGUGUAUUUUGGGCCUUAAUGUGUACAGUCAUAUAACUUUUUAAAUUGUGAUACUUCAGCAUAUAUAUUAAGUGUGAUAGUCUAUGCACAAAAUCUAAUUGUGACGUUCUAGUGAGUAGAAUCUACAGUAUGUCUUCGGGUUGUGAACCGAAUGACAUUAACAGACAUCGUACAUAUCAUGGUGCCAUUGAAUUUUAGUUGUGAGUGUGUGUUGUGACCUUCACGUACGAACGUACGUGUUUUGACCUCAAUAACCUACUAUCAAAACGUACCCGAGUGAUUGUUACAGUCAAUAAAGGAUGGACGCCUUUUCGCUCUCUAAACAUUGGGCAUACUCUGAUAACUAUUAGUAUAUAUUCGAACUAGUUUUAGUUUAUAAAUGAGAGCAAAACACCGAUUUCACGACAAUACUGAGAUCAAGUCUCCGUCAUCCAUAAAGGAAUAACCGUUAUGAGAGGAGUAUCAUAUCAUUACGUCUUUCACCAAUGAAAACAUGCUGUGACACAGUGUUAGUAAUAUCUCACAACAGAAAACGAAAUUCCGUAUUCAUGUGACUUUUCUUCCGUCAACAGUCAUUUUGAAUGUGUUAUUUCUACCAGCGGUGUUUUACCGGUCGAUAAAAGGUCACCUAGAUACGGGAUAACAUUGGUUUUUGUAAGAUCUAUGACAGUGAGAAGGUGACGUAUUAAGAUCUGAGUUUAUACAGACCGAGUAUUUAGUUUGUGUAUUCACUUUCUAUUGCUGCGAUCGACAAAUUGUAUUGUUCGGUAACUCAAAUUAAUUCUCAGUGGGCGUUAGUGGUAGGGUGUUUGCAACUUGCUUUUUACAAAAUGAGUCAGGUGUAUGGAGAGAGAGAGAGAGAGAGAGAGAGAGAGAGAGAGAGAGAGAGAGAGAGAGAGAGAGAGAGAGAGAGAGAGUGUGUGUGUGUGUGUUCCUUUGUGUGUGUGGUGUGUGUGUGUGUGUGUGCAUACGUGCGUGCGUACAUUUAAAAAAGUACCCAAAAUAAAUAGUAAUUAUUUUACCCAACUGCACAGUGUACAUUCUUUAUAAUUCUGUAAAGAGACAUUGACCCUGCAAACAGACAUUUUAUCAUUAUGUUUAAAGUUCAAUUUAUCUUGACAUUUGGUUUGGCAUCCCCUUUAUAAAACAGCAAUCAGCAGCUGAAUAGUAAGUAAACGGGUAUUGUUCGAAAUCAGAUUGCAGGUUAUAUUUAGUAAAGGUUCGUCAUCGACCCCUUUGAUCUCAGGUACGCACGUGCUUCAUAUGGUGUUUACAGUUUCAAAGUGCAGUCAUAUAGAAACCGUUGUUUGUAUGACGAAAGGUGUUAGUCUACAAAUUAAUUACUAUUUUUUUUAAUAGUCGUUAGCCCGACUGUCGACUACAAAAUAAACUAGUCGACAUAAUAAUAAUAAUAUAAUUGCUUAUAGUGUAUAAAUAAAUGUAUGAUAGAACCCAUCCUAUAUUGUACACAAAUGCGAUAUUGAGCAAGCUAUUAGUUGCGUGUGUAACUAACCUGUAUGUUCUUGGUAGUACUCAACAGGUGGCGGUAUCUGUAUGCUGAUAGACAUGUAAUUAGCAUAUCUGUACAGGUCUCCACAGUAGUGUAUUAUUACAUAAGAUACACGCGUGUAUACUUUAUGUUAAUGCAUACACGGUCGUCGUAUAUAUAUCAAGAAUGAUCAAAUUAUUUACAUUGUUUUAUUAAUAUAACUACUAACAAAUUACAUUGUACUUCACUGAAAUAAACACAAACAAAUUUUGUAAAUUGUUAUUGAGAAAAGAUAAGUAAACUAUGUUGCUUAUUUAAACAAAUAAGUUAUAUUUUGUUUACAUAAAAUAAAAUUAUGCUGUGGGUUUUUUUAAUAAAUACAAAUUCUUUAUAUACAUGUAGAUUUAUUUUAAUAAAUACAAAUAUAUUA